ACAUUUCUUGUCGCUGUUCCCGCCGAAUCCUCGAAGCUGCCCGUUUUUUUUUCUUUUUUACAUACAUAUACAGACGCCCCGGCAUCGAUCUCCCUUCAUUCGUGCAUAUCCCGGGCAUUCCGCGGGUUUACGGACGAAUUGCUUGCAGGCUACCCUGAGCUAGCGCGGGGCUUCUUCACACCCUAGCUUCCGAUGACGAUUCUCGAUGCUUUGUAGAAAGGCACACGAGCAGAGCACCUCAUUCUUCCACUCCAGCACCCAUUGCUGAGCCUGAGAGCUCCCAUAGUCCUCCCCGCUCUCUCCGCCCGCUCCGUAACACUCUGGACUAAAGGCCGAGGCACCAAUUCAUUUGCGCUCCUGCAACUCGCUGACUACCAGCCAAGCUAAAGCUGUUUGGUCUAGACAUAAGCCUCUCACCAUCAUGACGUCUUCACCUCAGCCGCAAUCUGUGCGCUUCAGCGACGUCCACCAGGAAAUUGAGCCAGAGCAGGCUGUUCAAGAUGUCGCUGAACUUACAGGCACCACCAGUGUGCCCCACGAUGGUCCAUUGAGCCCCCAGGCAGAGGAAGACUUGCGCAAUCUGUCUUCGACGCUCCAGAAAUCCCGCAUGCAGGCAAAGCGCAUGGAGAACUUUUCCUACGAACCCGUCUCACUUCCACCAUCGCGAGCACCUUCACCCAAUCCAGCCUCACGAACUACUUCAGUGCAUUCAGGACAUCGCUCUUCCAUCGCCUCAUCGCCUGCCUCCGCAAUGCACUCUCCACCACUAACGCCCGCAGGCACUUCUUCCCGGGACGAGAAGACUGGCGCUGAGGGACACAGGAAGCAUUCAAGCGACCCCGCCAUGAUCACUCCGCAAGUUUCACCACCACACGAACCGCCGCCACCAUCAAUGAAUGCCUCUGUCCAAGGUCCAAAUGAGAGCCAGUUGUCCCUACCAGUGCCUGCAUCUCCAAGAAUAGUAGCGCAUUCUCCUCGUCCAUCAUCAGACUUAUCCGGCGCCGUUCAGUCCGCCCCAAAACGCGGCUCAGCAAUGGCAAUGGGCCACGCCAGUGACUCAAACCCGGCCUCCCGAGAUGCCAGUCCGGCUAGAUCCGGUGGGGAGCGCACAUCAGGCACAUCAACCCCAGCUCCCGGUAGCCGCCCGUACACUCCCCAGGGAGAACGGGAAGAUACAUAUACUCGUUCCAAACGUGCAGCACAAGCAAGGAACCUAGACUCACUCGAAGCUCGAUUUGUGUACGGCGGGCGCGAUGGGCGCAACUCGGCAGCAUCCUCAACAUACCAACUACCCCGCUCUAGGGGCACUGAGUCCGACACAGAGACAAACAAAAGAUCUAGCAUUUUCGGAAAGAUGUCUAUCAAAGGCCACUCCGACGCAGAGGACUCUAAAUCGCAAAACAGCAAACAUGGAUCAAUGUCUGAGCUGAAGCGGUUCUUCAAGAUUGGACAUAAAAACAAGGACAAAGACAAAGACAAAGACAAGGAGAAGCGCAAGGAGUCACCCGCGCCUUCUAUCAAGAACCAAAAGAUUAAAUCCAACAAAUCUGGAACAAUGACACCUCCCAUGACCAACGGUUCGAUAAGCGUACCUUUCGCAGACGACCACGGCCUCCAAAGCAAGUAUGGCAAGUUCGGAAAAGUCUUGGGCUCGGGCGCAGGUGGAUCUGUCCGGCUUAUGAAGCGGAGUAGCGAUGGAACGACGUUCGCUGUAAAACAAUUCCGAAACAGGCAUUCAUACGAGUCGGAGAAGGAUUACAACAAAAAGGUUACCGCAGAGUUCUGUAUAGGCUCAACACUACAUCAUGGAAACAUCAUUGAGACCAUGGAUCUUGUAAACGAAAAGGGCAACUACUACGUUGUAAUGGAGUAUGCGCCUUACGAUCUUUUCGCAAUAGUCAUGACGGGUAAGAUGAGUCGAGAGGAGGUUACCUGCUGCACCUUGCAGAUAUUGAACGGAGUUACAUACCUGCACAGUAUGGGCUUGGCACAUCGAGACCUGAAGCUUGACAAUGUCGUUGUCAAUGAGCAUGGUAUUAUGAAGAUCAUCGACUUUGGCAGUGCUGCUGUCUUCAAAUACCCAUUUGAAGACGAAAUCGUCCUUGCCAGUGGUAUCGUCGGCUCAGAUCCAUAUCUCGCCCCGGAAGUAUAUGAUCUUGCCAAGUACGAUCCUCAACCAACCGACAUAUGGUCUCUUGCAAUCAUGUUUUGCUGUAUGACACUACGUCGAUUUCCCUGGAAGGCACCGCGCAUCUCCGAUAACUCGUAUAAGCUCUUCGUGUCUCCCCCCAACGACGGGCCCAGGUCGAUUACCGGCCCUGCAAGGUCGGCGACUGACGUCCCGAGUACUGCAAGCGAUGACCGUCGCCAGUCUGGAAUUACCUCUGAGCCAGCGUCUCGCCACCCCUCGGAACAUGCUGUUGAUCAUCGCGCAUCAACAUCAUCGACCACUUCGCAACAACCGCCUCAGGUCAUCAAAGGGCCUUGGCGCCUUCUGCGUCUGUUGCCGAGAGAGAGUAGGCACAUUAUAGGCAGAAUGCUAGAAGUCGACCCCAAGAAGCGCGCCACCCUUGACGAGAUCCUCGAAGAUAAAUGGGUCACUAAUAGUGCAGUGUGCACACAGGAAGAGGGUGGUAGAGUGGUUCGAUGUGACAAUCAUGAACAUACCCUAGAGCCUGGUGCAGGUGUCUCUUCGGCAGCGAACACACAGCAGAAGAAGUAA